CUGUUUUAGCUGUCCCGGCCCUAUUCUUCUCUCGUGCUUUAACCUCCAUAAUUGACACUUUCAAAAUAUUUGGCAAUACAACAAAACAUUCUUUUCGAUUUAUGAAUUUUUAGAGAAUAAUUUGAGAUUUCUAAGAAGACAAAAACUGUAGACAAAGAUAAAAUAAUAAUUACACUUUUCGCAUUUUUUCUAACAUAAAAUCAAUAGUUUAAAAAUUAAAGAAAUUUAUGAUGAAUAUUAUGAAUAAUAUUCUUUUCUAUCAUAAAACGUUUAUGCGAAAUAGAUCUUUUGUUUCAAAUUUCAAAAAUGUUUGUUUUCUUAAUAAACACAUACCAACAAAUACAAAGAUGAAAAUCUCAUAUCAUAAGGACAAAGUGAUCUUCAACUAUAAACCAAUAAAAUCAUCUCAAAGUAUUGUUGGAUAUUGGUUAUUAACAUGUAGUGGAAUGGUGUUUAUUGCUGUAUCAUUAGACAAAUCAUCCGGAAAACAUAACUUCAAGAUACCUACUACUACAAAUCUCCCGGUACGAUUGAAGGGAUACAGACCGAGUCAAGAAGAGAAAGAGGAAUUAGAGAAUCAGAUAAAGCACCAAAAUAUUCACCCUACAGCUCUCUUACAUACGUGAUACCCAAGAAGCCCGCAGUGGACGGUACAAAAAAAUGGCGAUUAGCAACAAACUUUAAAAAAAUAGACGAAGUAACAGUAAGAAACAGCUAUCCAAUACCCAAUACAGGGGACAUUAUUGAUAGCGUUGCCUGAGCUAGGUACAUAACCGCCAUAGACUUGAGGACCAAGUGCUACCAAAUGCCAAUGGAUCCCGGAGAUGUCCACAAAACAUAAAAAAUGUCUGAGUCCUUUUGCAUCGGAAUUUUUGGGAGCCCGUAAAUAACUCCGAGCAGUACCAGAAGAGAGUCGCCCCUUUGUACGAAAUUUACCUUAUGCUGCGGGUUAGCUGUUGAAAAACUCGAAAGCUGAUGGAGGAGCGUGCACUUUGGCGCCGCAAUGGCGCUCACUCAUCGGCUGUCGAUAGGAGGGAUCACUCGGUUAACGGAAUCUGGUUUAUCCAUGGUAUCUUGGACAUUAUUUGGAGAAAAAGUGCCAACUACUGAAAUUUCAUGGAUAGAUGAGUUUAAAAAUUACAAACAGUUUCCGGAGUACCAAAUAUCCAAUAAAAAUAUGACAUUGGAAGAAUUUAAAAGAAUUUGGUGGAUGGAGUAUGCUCAUCGAAUGUGGGGACGUUUAAUAGGCGUAGUGUUUAUAGUUCCAGCUGUUUAUUUUUGGUUUAAUAACAUGUUAAACCCCGUUACAAAAAAAAGAAUAUUAAUAUUAGGUACUUUAAUUGGAUGCCAAGGACUUAUGGGUUGGUAUAUGGUUAAAUCAGGAUUAGAAAACAGAUUUGAUGGUCCGACCGACGUUCCACGUGUAUCUCAGUAUCGAUUGGCUGCACAUCUUGGAUUAGCGAUUUUUAUUUACAGUGGUUUGCUUUACACAACUUUAGAUCAGCUCAUACCCGUGCGCAGCAAUACAAACAAUUACAAUACCUCAGAAUUGAAACCAACUAUUAAGUACAAUAAUAGAUUUAGAAUAUUAGCAUUUUCGAGCAAAGGACUUAUAUUUUUAACAGCUUUAUCAGGUGCAUUCGUAGCUGGUUUAGAUGCUGGUCUCAUAUACAAUACUUUUCCAAAAAUGUGUAAUAAAUGGAUUCCUGAUGAUAUACUAUUUAUGUCACCACUUUACAAAAAUUUGACAGAAAAUCCUACUACUGUACAGUUCAAUCACCGAACACUAGGAAUGUCAACACUUUUGGCUGUUUCUGCUAUAAGUUGGAUGUCACGAAAAUGUAAUUUACCUCGACGUGCUUCUACUGCAGUUAUAGUCUUGACGUGUGCAGCAUAUACUCAGGCUAUACUAGGUAUAUUUACACUUUUAAAUCAUGUGCCUACUUAUUUAGCAGCGUUGCAUCAAUCUGGUAGUCUUCUACUUUUGAGUUCCGCAAUAUGGCUGUGUCAUGAAAUAAAAUAUAUUAAAAAAUUGGCAAAAUAAAAUAAAUAAAUUAAUUUUUGUACGUAACAAAGUGUCUUUACAUUAUAAGAAAAAUAAAAUUCUCUUUGUUGAUUAUUUUUUCAAUCAA